CUGCUGUUCCUGCUGGACUAACGCUUCUAGGGUUUGCCUGGACUAAGUGAUGAGCACUUGUUUGAUUAAGGGACACUAACAGUAGAGUCUGUCCUGAUUUAUUCCCCUUCCCCUCCCCCUUCCUCUGUGAAGUCUCUUUGGAUUGAUUUAUACCGAUUAAGGCAGUGGAAAAAGUCCUUGUUAAAAAAUGGUUGCCACCUCUCUCUCCUGACUUCCUCAGUCCUUCGGACGACGAGCCAGCUAAAGUCCGAUGGGAGCAGUGUUGGUGUGUCCAUGGUGUUUACAAAGGAGAAAAUAUCAGCAUGACUAGAGUCUGAGGAAGGGCUGCUUUGUUCCUACCAAGAGUUUGCGGGUGCAGAGGAACAGCACAAGCACAACAGGGGCAUUUUAAGCAACCAUGGAUAUCCCCACCGAUUUGGUGCCGUCCUCCAUGAUGUCCCAGCCUGAGGUGAUUGAGUCCACAGCCAUGAGCGAACCACAGUGCUACUACAAUGAAACCAUUGCCUUCUUUUAUAACCGAAGUGGAAAAUAUCUAGCCACUGAAUGGAACACUGUCAGCAAGCUUGUAAUGGGACUGGGGAUUACCGUCUGCAUCUUCAUAAUGCUGGCCAACCUCUUGGUAAUGGUGGCUAUUUAUGUCAACCGCCGAUUCCACUUUCCUAUUUAUUACUUAAUGGCCAACUUAGCCGCUGCGGACUUUUUUGCAGGGCUGGCCUACUUUUACUUAAUGUUCAACACGGGACCCAACACUAGAAGAUUGACUGUAAGCACCUGGCUUCUCCGUCAGGGUCUCAUUGAUACUAGUCUGACAGCCUCUGUAGCCAAUUUGUUGGCCAUCGCUAUUGAGCGGCAUAUUACGGUUUUCCGAAUGCAGCUGCACACUCGGAUGAGCAACCGGCGAGUGGUCGUCGUAAUUGUUGUUAUCUGGACUAUGGCCAUCGUCAUGGGUGCCAUACCCAGUGUCGGAUGGAACUGUAUUUGUGAUAUCACUCACUGCUCCAACAUGGCACCGCUCUAUAGUGACUCCUACCUGGUCUUCUGGGCUAUUUUCAACCUGGUCACUUUUGUGGUCAUGGUGAUCCUAUAUGCUCAUAUCUUUGGGUACGUUCGCCAAAGGACUAUGAGAAUGUCCAGACACAGUUCUGGACCCCGCAGAAAUCGGGACACCAUGAUGAGCCUCCUGAAGACUGUGGUCAUUGUGCUUGGUGCUUUCAUAAUCUGCUGGACCCCAGGAUUAGUCUUGCUGCUCCUUGAUGUUUGCUGUCCCCAGUGCAACGUCCUGGCCUAUGAAAAAUUCUUCCUGCUCCUGGCCGAGUUCAACUCUGCCAUGAACCCCAUCAUCUACUCCUACCGGGACAAGGAAAUGAGCGCAACCUUCAAGCAGAUCCUCUGCUGCCAGCGUAGUGAGAGCGCCAACGGCCCCACUGAAGGCUCGGAUCGGUCAGCAUCCUCGCUCAACCACACUAUCUUGGCUGGUGUCCACAGCAACGACCACUCUGUGGUGUAAAACCACAGCCAGCCACGUGACCGACAAAGAGCAGCAGGCUACACCACAGAGCGGGGUGGGUGCAUGGGCCCAGGGAAGGUAACCCACUUACAACGUUUUCUUAAACACUAAUGGACUACAAGUGCAUCUUUUCCAGGGAGCCUGGCACACCAGUGCAGACCACCCCGUCCACAGGACUGGCCAGGCUGCAAGGCCUUUGAUUUCUACUUUAAAAUAAAGUAGAAGGUAGAUGCCUUGAGGCGGAGGUCAUUGAUAGCCCAUGGAAAGCUUUGCUGAGACUUUGUUGGACUUCGCGCAUCUUGGUGCCAGUCUGAAUCAACUCUGAUUAAUUAAGCUUAUAACUGCUUCACUGCAUUUACAUGUAGCCACUUAGUAUUUUUAAAAAGGGAGUAAAGGGGAUAAAAUUAUGCCUAUCAUUUAAUAGACAUGUAAUAUGUAUCACCAUCAGCAUGCUUGUGAUGAACGUUUUCUGUGCAGGGAGUAAAACUGUGCUCUAGUCUUUGUAUCCGUAGCCACACUGCCAUAACUUCAGUAAAAACAAAAGUAUUUUUUCUAACACAGGCAACAGGAAGAUGAUGGAAACUGACUCUUCUUACCUUCAUUACUGGCGUUAGAGAAUGCAUGUUCUGUGUGUAUGCAGAUUGUUUUAAUUAUGAAAAAAAAAGCUCUUUGUAAAGUCUGCAGGAAAGUAGAAAAGCAUAGACUGUAUUCCAAUGUUUGUUUAGAUUAUGAAAUAAACAGUACUUUAGUCACAAUGUAUAUAAGAUUCUUCUUUGAAAUGCAGUAUGAAAUGUGUAACGUGAGGGGUACCAAGUUUUUUAUGGACAAGUUCUUAAAGUAGAACACAUCCCUAGGGCUCUUAAUGGGCUGCAAUCAGGUUGGUAGAUUAAAAAAAUGUAUUUAUGGCAUUGGAACGUUUUUCUUGUUUAUGGCAAAAAGCAUAAGCAUUUUUAAUGUGAAAAACAGUAUAAGUUUUUAUAGACCUUUUCUUGUAAUUGAAAACUAAACACCUUUUGCAUUUUUGCACUGAGAAAUAUUUGUAGGGUAUCUUUUAAAUUAUAUACCCUUCACUUCAAAAGCAGUGAGCCACUAAGAACCAAGGUACAAUUUUAUUUUGUGAAGUCAAGACUUUACAACGUAGUCAUCUACUGCAAAUGACUGGACCAUGCUACAGAUAAUAGGCACACACGCACAUUGCUAUAAAUAGCUAAGUUAACAGGUGGACUUUUUCAUACCAGACUGUUUUGAAGAGAAAUGGUACUCAUGUGAAUAUCAGUUGCCAAGAAUCACUGACAUGAAACAAAAUUGCUUAACAGGGUUAAAUGUGAGCAAAGGUGGGAUCUUGCUGAUAAAAAACUUGGGACCUUUCUCUGUGAAACUGUAUGUUCUCCUACCAAUGUAAAAUAUAUCAAGAGUAAAUUCCUGGGGCCAUUUUCCUCAUUGUCAUUUGCCUCUAUACAAAAAAAAAACCCCCAACACCCAACAAAAAAAUAAACACCCCCCAGAAAAACCACACAACAAAAUCAGAGAUGUAUAUCCUUCAGUGUACCCUAGUGAAACGUUACUUAGGGAACAAUGUUCUCCCAUUUGGGCACGGAAGAAAUGGAGGGGAGAGAGUCAGCCCAGCAAAAUCCAGUGUUUUUAGCAUCUCUUGCUUUGAGGAUGCAUAAAAUUGCUUGGAACAGGCAGUUUCUUGCUGAGGGAGGGAAGAGAAACAAGUGAACAAAACUUGCCUCCACUGAAUAAAGUGAGAUUUUUGAUGCUGCUUUCAGGAAAAGUGAAAUCACCUGACUGUCAAGCUGAUUUGUGUGGACAUUGUGCAAGGUGGAGUAGGCAGAAUGGAUAAACAUAACAUUAUCUGCCAACUGACCAAGGUUUUUAAUAUAAACACUUGCUUUCAGCAAAACAGCUCUUUUUUUCCUGACUGUAUUUAGAGCAAGUGAAUGUACAGGUUGAUUUGGUUUUAUUCACAUAACCAUACUGAGAAAGAGAAGAACAGGCUGUAUGAAUUUAUUCUUUAAAAAGCAUCUGCUUGCUAAUCCACUCAUCAUUUUUUCUUAGUGCCUGCUUGAUGGUUGAACUAGUGCAGGUAAGCAGAACAGAGAAGAGGGUAGACUGCCUCCAAAGACAGGGGACAUCUGACUGAAAAACAAUUUCUAUUUCUCAAGAGUGCUUGGACUUUUUUUCUUUCUUGGAUCCAGUGAGAGCACUUUUUCUUGUCUCUAUCAUCCCCACAAAAAAAAAGAGAACAUAGUGGACACUUUAUUUUAGCUUUUUUGGGUUUUUUUUGGGUGGAGGUUGUUGCCCUUUCCAAGUGUCCUUUAUACUGCUGAGGAGGGAUGGUGUUAAAAAAUAGCAGCAAAUCAUUCACCCUAGUUUACCCUGCUCAAAGUGUAGUGGGUUUUGAGAAGCCAUGGGUGAAUGAUUCAAACCAGGGGUGCAAUCAUUCAAGAUUGUGGGUGGGUGCAGAGGCCCCUUGUGAAGAUGGAUGCCCAAGGAGGCUUUUCUGUUGUCACUGUGAUUGCAACAGAUGGCAGUUGCUGUCCAGGUACAUUCAUCAGCCCCUCUCCAAGGAGGCACUGGACAAUUUGAGAAGCCGGACCCUUUGACCCCUUAGCAGCAGCUAAAUUUCAGUUGUCAGGUAUAUUAAUCCAGGAGCACUUCUGGCAGCAGGUGGUUGUCUUCUAAACAGUGAAGUGCAAUGCUUUAGAUCAAAGGCUACAGGAGGCAAACAUUUUACAACUGCACUAGAGGAACUCACUGAGCAUUUGGCUGCUCUUUAAAAAUUUAGUUAGUGCUUUGUGUUGUUGACAUGUUGUCUCUAUAUCCUUGGGAAAUCUGAUCUGUGAACUGAGUGGUUCUUUGCAAGCUAGUGAAAUUAAAGCUGCGGUGAGCAAAGAGAAUAAAAACCAGAGCCUGCAAUAGAAGGGUUCAUUUGCUGUCUUCUUUAGAAUGGUUCCCUUGCCAUUUGUUUUUGUCUCCGAAUUUUUUUAAGUUUUACUUCUCUGUUCAGACUUUCCAGCUUCAUUGUGCAGUUAUAGAACUCACUCCUGCUAUGUGAAAACAUAGUACAAACUACUUCAGGGAAAAAAAUUGCCCCCCUUAAUUUUACUUAUCUCGAAUUCUUCAAAAGGUUUUAGAAGACUUCUUAAAAUACCAACAAUCCUCCCACAGUCAUUAAAAUUCUUCUGUUGCUGGCUGCCCCUGGUCCAAGUAAAUCCUCUUGAAGUUCAAAUGUAAUGGUGUUUGUGUCAGCAACUGUAGUGGUAGAGAGUUGUGUAUUAAAAGGAAUAUGGUUGAUGCAAUCAUUUGCAGGUCAAGGAAAAUGUGUUUUUCUACUUCACGUUCUUUCAGAGGCAGCACAAGUCUGAAAACUAAUUGAAAAGAAUGGCCUUUGAAUGAAGGACUACUAAGUAGAAUUUUAAUUCCCUGUUGCUAUAUAGAAAGAGGCUGGGUGACUCACUGGUCAAAAAAAAGCACAGCUUUCAUGUAAAAUUUGAAAGUAUAUUCUAUGGAAGUAUAGUCUAUUUUACCCAGUAUAUUCUACGUAUGUUUGACACAGUGCUUUUCUUGUCACACCCUUUUUUGUUCCGUGUGUUCUGAAAUAUCAUGGUAGCUUCAGGCUGGCUUCUAAAUGAGAUACUGAAAGCUCAGCAGAUAGGAGAAAGGGCAGACCAAAUAAAGACCUUUUCAGUGAUUCCUAAAACUAAGCAUACCUUUCUGUCCAUAGUGUACUAGUAGCAGAGUUUUUUGAAUAGUUGCCACAAGAUCCAACAUUGCCCUUCCUAAAUAUUCACAGCUGUGGCACUGUUUAAACAAUGUGGCAACAAAGACUCAUAGUAGUCACUUGGUGAAAAGGAAAGGGCAUGGUUGCUAUCUUCAUGGUGCAAAUUAAGUCUGGGUAACUUGGAUGUCAAACAGGAAAGGACAUGUUUUUAUGUCCAGUGUCUUGGUUCUGCUUCCCCUUCUGAGUAACUUUUCCAUACCAGCAUCAAUUUCACCCAGUAUGGGAUUUCACUGAAAUGAUACUUUCCAGGUCACUCCAUGUAGUAUGGCUUUUGGUUUGCACCUCUGUGGUGGCCAGGGAUUUGGCCAUGGCCAGUCUGGAUCCUAGGAGCAAUUUUUCAUGGGAAACUCAAGUGGGCUCCGCUUCUAAAGCAGGUUUUGCAGCUUUUUCUGAAUGUCUGUGUUUCCCCAGAAGUAUGCUACCAGAUACCAUACUUAACUACUGUAAAGCCAAGUGAGGUUUCUGUCUGUGACACUACCAGAGCCAGAUCUCUCUUCUCACUGCAGUAGGUGUCCGCAGACUGAAACCACACAGCUUUUUCUGUGAAAUAAAUAAAAGCCCACCCAGCAGAUUGUUUUUCCCAGGUGGAAUUAAAAAGGUCACCCCCAGAAGGAGAGGCUUUGAAUACAAACACCUGUGGUCUGUCUUUCAGUUGGUGUGAAUCAAGGCAAUGCAAAGCAGAGCAGGCAAAGGCAUUUCUCUAGGGUAUUGUCCCCAUCCCAUGCAGAGGCAUGACUCCAUCCCUGUUGUACCUGUCAUCCUUUUGGGUCCCUUCUGACCACAAGACCGGAUGGAGCCGACAGAGGUGAGCCUUAGUGAACUGGCUUUUUUUCCACUUGGUGCAGAAGUAACACAAAUCAAAUACAGGCUUUUCCUUUUUCUGGUUCUCUUUAAGGCUUUCUUGUUAUUGCAAGUGUACUAUCUUGUCCUUUCCAACCAGUUCUUGCUGUUAGCCAUUGGUCUGUACUGUACACUGAUGUCUGUAUGGAAGGGAUUUGCAACUUGCAAUCUCAUUUGUUCAGAUAAAUUGCUUGGGCUUUACCAUUUGAUUGGAAAGGCCACUUCCAAAAGACAUAUAGCUUAAAGAGCACUAACUCCCACAUCUGUCCAGUGCCUCAAAAAAAAGUGCCCAUAUCUUUUCUCCCAUUUUCCUGUCAUAGAGGAUUUUCCAAGAAGCUGUUUACCCAGCUCCUGUUUUUUAAGUUUAUCAAGGAGAAAAAAGGCGGUUGAUACUAAAAAACAAACCAAACCAAAAUAAAACAAAGUGUCAACAAACAGAAACCCUACAAAACAAACAAAAAUUAAAAACUACAACAAAACACAAUACAACAAUAUUCAACAAUGCUGCUGUCUCCUGCAGUACAUAGAAAUCCAACCCACUGAUAGCUGCCAACAUUUUUACAAGAGCCUCCAUGAAAUGUUCCCGUUUGCCUGUGAUAAACUUCUGAUAACCAGAAGUGUAUGUGGGAGACUCAGGAAUCUGUUCAUUUGUUUUCCUGUUUAAAUAAAGAUGUGUUUGUAACUCACAAGUAUAGAGAGAGCCAAUAAGGCUUGGCAAACAAUUUUGUUAUAAGUGCACUUACUGUAAAUGUUUAGAGGUUAUAUCUAGUACAAUAAAGUAUUUGGCAUGUGUAA